AUGCUGACAAUUCCAUCAAUGGUUAUGGUUUUAUUCAGAUUAAUAUGCCAACUACUUGUUGUUGGAUUUGUAACACAAGCAUCAAAGAAAGCAGGACUUGAUGAAAUCAUCCCAACUGUUUACUCUAUAACAGCAAAAGCAAUAUACAAUGCUAAUUUCAUGUACCAGUGGAUCAAUUUCUGGUCUUACUCCAUGUACAACAUGUGCAUAUACGAAGAAUGA